AUGCGCCCUGAACUCGUAGAUGACAUCCAACAGAUCGACGAUGCUCGAAAGACCGCGGUCAAAGACAGGGAACUCUCAAGGCUUGGCAUUGACAUCGCCUGCCUGCAAGAGACUCGUCUGGCCGACAGCGGUUCCAUCAGAGAGGCCAACUACACCUUCUUCUGGCAAGGCCUGCAUCAGGAUGACCCAAGGCAACACGGCGUAGGCUUUGCCGUGAAUAACUCGCUGAUACCAGCCAUUGUACCACCAAUUGGCGGAUCUGAGAAAAUCCUAGCACUGCGCCUCUUAACAUCUACGGGUUUCGCCAACGUCCCCUGCAUCUACGCGCCACCCCAGAGGUCAGGGACCAGUUUUAUGAGGCACUGGAUGAGACGAUAUCCAGGAACCCCAAUAUUGAAGGAUUAUACCUAUUGGGAGACGUCAAUGCCAGAGUGGGAGCCGACUGUGACACUUGGCCAUCUUGCCUCGGCCCACCAGUCCGACCUUGUCAUCACCAGGCGUGCAGACCUAAGGAGCGUUCUUCACACUCGGAGCUUCCACGGCGCAGACUGCGAUACGGACCACUCUCUAGUAGGCUGCAAAGUGAGACUGACAGCCAAGAAAAUACACCACUCCAAAACCAAGGGACUCCCUCGCAUCAACACCUGUCGCUCCAAUGACCCUGAGUGCUCUCGCCGCUUCCAAACCACCUUUAGCGCGAAGGUCGACACAUCCUCCUUCAGUGCCACUGACAUCGACAGUAGAUGGCACCACCUCCGUGAUGCCAUAUACACCUCAGCCCUUACUGCGUUCGGAAAGUAG